AUGGGACAAGCAGACGUGUGUAGUCCUCAUGUCGACCCUGACUUGAAGCCAGACGUCACCACCGGCCGCGGUCCUGAAUUCAAUCGUGGAUCUGAUGCGACGACAACAUCGAAAAUAGCAAUUCUGGAAAAGGAUGUGUUGUCAGAACAGCUGAGUCAGGAGAGAACUAUUCUCACAGAGGCCGACUGUCCUGAGAUUCUGGGCUAUGCCUUCCCGACCUGGAAGAAAUGGAAGAUCCUCAUCAUCAUCUUUCUGGUACAAUGCUCUAUGAACUUCAACACCUCUCUCUACUCCAAUGGGUUGACAGGAAUGAGCGAGGAGUUUGGUAUUACUAUACAGGACGCACUUACGGGUGCUGCCAUCUUCUUGGUAACCUAUGCCUUUGGAUGCGAGCUGUGGGCGCCUUGGUCCGAGGAGUUCGGCCGCCGAUGGAUCCUUCAAGGUUCACUAGCUCUCGUCAACCUGUGUUGUAUUCCCGUAGCCCUCGCCCCCAACUACGCCCUUGUCGUCGUAUUCCGAGCACUUGGCGGCCUGUUCUCUGCUGGUGGUAGCAUUACCCUUGGCAUCGUCGCUGAUAUGUACACGGCUGACACCCAGCAAUAUGCCGUAGCAUUUGUUGUGCUGUCCUCUGUUGGCGGAUCAAUCUUUGGUCCAAUUAUUGGGGGCUUCGUUGAGAGCUAUAUGCACUGGCGGUGGUGCAUGUGGCUUCAGCUGAUUGCUGGCGUCGCUGUUCAGCUACUGCAUUGGUUUCUUGUCGACGAGACUCGGACUACUGUGCUGAUGGCUUCCUACGCAAAAUCAUUACGCAAGUCAGGAGCAAAUCCAAACGUCUACGGAACGAAUGAGCUGAAGACGUGGAGAGAGAGUCUAGCACCUAAGGAACUGGUCACGCUGUGGGUCAGACCGUUCAAAAUGUUUGUAACAGAACCCAUUGUCUUGGUGCUAUCUCUCUUGUCGGGAUUCAGCGAUGCUUUGAUAUUCAUGGGCUUCCAGUCAUUUGGACUGGUUUACGAGAUAUGGCACUUCACUCCCUGGCAAGUCGGAUUGACCUUUGCCGCUAUUGGGUUGGGAUAUCUCGUCGCUUAUCUUUCAUAUAUCCCUGCCAUUCGGCGUAAUAUUAGGCAAAGACGUGAGCGCCCGAAUGACGAGUUCGCCAACUAUGAAGGCCGUAUGUGGUGGCUGAUGUACACUGCACCCUGUCUGCCCAUCGGCCUUCUAAUUUUCGCAUGGACUGCCAACAGCAACGUCCACUGGCUUGGGCCCGUCAUCGGGUCGGCGAUCAUUGGCAUCGCCAACUAUUCUGUCGCGGCUUAUGGCCAAUACUCGGCUUCCGCAACGGGUGGCAAUGGGUUUGCUCGUGAUUUCCUUGCUGGCAUUCUUACCUGGGCUGCAAUCCCGUAUUACGAGUCAUUCAAGGGAAUGUCUCAGCCCCUCCCUCUGGCAAAUACCACCCUGGCUGGUAUCAGCGUGACGCUGGUCAUUUCGACCAUGCUCAUCUAUUGGAAGGGACCAUCGCUCCGCAAACGCUCAAGUUUUGCUCAAAAACUGGCGCAUCACGAUCCUUCUCAGAUCUUGGUAUCUACACAUUCAGGUGGCAUUGGGACUGUGUAG